GGUUGGGAGUGACAGUGGCCAGCUUUUUGAAACUUUUUGGAUUUAUUCCUCAAACAAACAUGGCUUUCGUAAUAGAUACCAAAGGUCAGCAAGAUUUAUUAUCCGAUAAAGUGAACGAUUUCGUCAAUGAUGAAAGUGAUGAUGAUUUUGAGUUUCUGCCCUUUCCCAGUAAUCCUGUGGCAACGUCAAGUAAAUUAAGGUCGGGCAGUAAACUUAAAGAGAAAGAGAUCAAUUUUGAUGACACUUAUUUGGACUUCGGAGGGGGAUCUUCUUCUGGUAUUACUCAAACUAAUAAACCAACUGCUAAUGCCUUAGCAAGGCAAAUGAAUAAUCCCGACAAGUUGCUUCAGAAGAGUGUUCUACAGCCUGGCGUGGAGAAACUUCAUUCUUUACCAUCUUACGAUGAAGGUCGUCGUCAAUUGCUGAAGCAGAGAAAGAUGGAACGAGAAAAGACAGCUGGACGGAACUGGUUCAACAUGAAAGCUCCAGAGAUCACUGAAGAAAUGAAAAAUGACCUAGAAGUGUUGAAAAUGCGGUCAACAUUGGAUCCUAAACAUUUCUACAAAAAGAAUGACUUCAAAAAUCUACCAAAAUACUUCCAGGUUGGGCGUGUUGUUGAAUCCGCCGCAGAUUUCUAUCAUAGCCGUAUUCCCAUGAAGGACCGAAAGAAGACUCUGGUUGAUGAGCUAUUAGCAGAUGCUGAAUUCCAAAAGUCUACCAAGAAGCGUUACAAAGAUAUCAUUGCAGAAAAACAAAAGACUCACUACAAAGCUCACAGACAGGCAAAGCGGUUAAAGAAAAAUAAGAAGUGAUAUGGGCAUAACUUACGCUACUGUAUAUUUUGUAUUAUUAAAUUAAUUUACUAUGUA